UGUAGCAGCAGGAGAGCGUCGGAGAGCGGAGGCUCGUAGGGGAAAAACAGCAGAUUUUGCCCACGCUUUGAGAGGCACAAAAUAAGAUAGGUCGACUGUAUAUGGGAAAUGAUGCCCUGCGCUUUGCCGAACGAUUUUUCAAGGACAACCCUGGGUCGCUUUUGAAAACAACAACAAUAAAGGAUCUCACAAGUGGAAAUACAGUCUAGAAACCCGGUUCGGCUGACUUAAAUUACAAUUGGCUGUAGUCUGAAUGAUAUUGCGAAGGAUCUGAUCUGCGCGUUUUGAGACUGGACUCUAUUGCGCUGUAUCCCCAGUUUGCGAUUUGAAUGCGAAGCGUAUCCAUUUUUCCCCAGACUCGUGUUUUUAUUUUUCCGUCAAAUGAGAACAGCUUAGCUAACAUUUUAGCUAAGAGGUACACGUAACGAUACAACCAUUGUGAUUUAAGGAGGCAAAAGAGGUCGGACAGACUCUCCUGCGAGAAGAAGGGGCGAGACCCGGGCAUCCUCGGUGCUGCUGGGACGGGCCCGUGACCUCUGAACCCUGUCUAACCCAUGUCCGCUCUGAUUGGUGAAGGUGCGGACGCCAUGGUGAACCCAGGCAGCAGUGGCCAGGCCCCCCCGGGCGGCGCGGGGUCUCUCCCCUGGAAGCGGUGCGCAGGCUGCGGGGGGAAGAUCGCAGACCGCUUCCUCCUCUACACCAUGGACAGCUACUGGCACAGCCGCUGCCUGAAGUGUUCCUGCUGCCAGGCCCAGCUGGGCGAGAUCGGCACGUCAUGCUACACCAAAAGCGGCAUGAUCCUCUGCAGGAACGACUACAUCAGGUUAUUUGGGAACAGCGGAGCAUGCAGCGCGUGCGGACAGUCCAUCCCAGCCAGUGAGCUGGUCAUGAGGGCGCAGGGCAACGUGUACCAUCUCAAGUGUUUCACGUGUUCUACCUGCCGGAACCGCCUGGUCCCUGGCGACCGAUUCCACUACAUCAACGGCAGCUUGUUCUGCGAACACGACAGACCCACGGCCCUCAUCAACGGCCAUUUGAAUUCGCUCCAGACGAACCCGCUAAUGCCGGACCAGAAGGUGUGUUAGAGGGGGCGGGACGAGUGCCUUUGUUUCAGCCCUCUGUCACCGUCACCCGCAAAGUCUCUGCGCUUUCGCCAAAACUCCCAGACCGCCACACGGCGACACCAUCCCCCAUGCCCCCC